AUGGAUACUGAGAGUAAUGACGAUGAAGAAGAUACGAAUAAUAAGAAUUAUGACGUUCAUGAUAAUUAUGUUAAUCACAUUGGCCAAGAAAAUGUAAAUUCCCCACUUUAUACUCGAAUGGCCAAAUGUGGUAACAGCGCUGAUGGUGAUGAUGAAGAUGAUGGCCAAGUCAAAUGUAAACGAAGACGAAGUGAUGAUAAUAUUCCGAAUAGCAAGUCAAGCAAUAAUAAUUGCCAUAAUUUCAACAGAAGCAUUCAUCCAGCCACCGCCAUGUCAUCCCAUUUAUUACGUGCCAUAACUACAACAGCAGCAGCGGCAGCAUCACUUGUCACGGCAGCUGCCACCUCACCAACCACAGCAGAAAAUAUGUCCUCACCAACUUCCUUUGCAGAGGAAAGACUCAAAUUCGUUUAUGAAAAUUCAGUACCAAUGGCAUCGGAUGAGAACAUCAUUAAUAAUACCCUAAUUUAUGGUACAUCCCUGUCAAGCAUAUCGGCAGCCACCUCCUAUAUGCUAUUAAAUGACUCAUGGCUGAAUGCAUCAUCACCAUACCUAUCAUCAUCGUCAUCGUCGUCGUCCUCCUCCUCCUCUUUAGCCACUUCCAUUGCACCUGCAUUGUCCACCCUAAAUGCGGAGGGUGUGAAUGUCACCUCUGCUGCCAAUUCCGAUGAUGAUUGGUCCCACUUUAAUGAUCUCAUUUUAUCCUGGCAAGGUGUCUGCCUGAUUGCCGUCUUUUGUGUCUUAAUCGUGAUCACCAUUAUUGGUAAUACCUUGGUUAUAAUGGCCGUUAUUACCACCAGACGCCUUAAAACCGUGACAAAUUGUUUUGUUAUGAGCCUGGCGGUUGCCGAUUUCCUAGUGGGCAUAUUUGUAAUGCCACCCGCAGUUGCUGUUCAUUUGAUAG